AUGCACUCACCUAGCCUAAAAGAAGCCUCCCAACUAUGCCUUAACGGCUGCUGCCCAAGCCCUCUCCUUGGCUUUCAUAAGCCCCGGGAAAAAAGGGGCAAGACCAGAAGCUUAGUAGCAAUUUGUCGCCAGAACUUUGCCGUGACAGCAACUUCCUCUAUCCCAAACGCCCAAUUCACAGACCCCGAGUCUCUCCCAUCUCUGCAAGAAUCAUUUGUUGAAUUCUCCAAAGCUUAUCCACAAUAUAAUGAAACCUGUCAAAUUGACCAAAUUCGAGAACGGGAAUACUAUCAUCUCUCCCUCUCCCACCGUACCUUCCUUGAUUACAUUGGCAUCGGUCUCUUCUCCUAUUCCCAGCUACAAAAACAUGACUCCAGAAAACAAAUUGUCUCUUCCCCUCCACAUUCACCUCCUCAAAAUUCACGUUUUCCCUUUUUCAGUGUGUCCUGCAAGACGGGAAAUCUGAAGACACAACUACUUCAUGGUGGCCAAGAAUCAGAAUUAGAAUCUGCAAUAAAGAAACGGAUCAUGAGUUUUCUGAAUAUAUCUGAAAAUGAUUAUUGUAUGGUUUUCACUGCAAAUAGAACAUCAGCUUUCAAACUUGUAGCAGAAUCUUACCCUUUCCAAUCUAGUCAGAAGCUUCUGACUGUUUAUGACUAUGAGAGUGAAGCAGUAGAAACCAUGAUUCACUGUUCUGAGAAGAAAGGAGCCAAAGUCAUGUCAGCAGAGUUCUCUUGGCCUAGGCUCAGGAUUCAUUCAGCAAAAUUAAGGAAGAUGGUUACGAGGAAAAGCAAAAAGAAGAAGAAGAGAGGACUAUUUGUCUUUCCGGUUCAUUCUAGAGUGACUGGAGCCAGAUAUCGUUAUAUGUGGAUGACCAUCGCGCAGGAGAAUGGCUGGCAUAUCUUGAUUGAUGCUUGUGCAUUGGGACCAAAGGACAUGGACAGCUUUGGCCUCUCUCUCAUUCGCCCAGACUUUGUCAUUUGUUCCUUCUACAAGAUUUUUGGGGAAAACCCAUCUGGCUUUGGAUGCCUCUUUGUCAAAAAAUCUACUGUACCACUCUUGGAAGAUUCCACCACUACUGGAAUGGUAAGUCUUGUCCCAGCAAAGAAGCUGUUUUGGUUCCUAGAUGAAUCUUCUGGUACUGAUAUAGAACUUGAAUGGACGUCUAAAUGUGUGUUAGAAGAAGAUGAAUUAGAUACAUCAAACUCUUUUUCAGGUCCAAUGCCCACCCCAAAGAGGUAUUCAGGAAAAUUGGAACAAGGAGAAACCUCUAGGUCCCAAACCGAAGUAACAACUGGAAAACAGAAAGCAUCAGAAACUUCUGAGACUGAAACUACAGCAAUAGCUGGAGAACAGGAAGUAUCAGAAACUCCAGACUCCAAGUCUAAAACAAUAGGAACAGCUGCAAGACAAAAAGAACCAGAAACUUCAGAAAUUAUCGAUUUAGGAAAACCUGCUACAGUAAUCCAACAAGAAACUGCAAGAACCAGCAAAAAUGGGACCACGGAGGUUGAAUGCAGGGGAUUGGAUCAGGUUGAUUUAUUCGGACUGACACAGAUCAGUAAUAGAUCAAGGUGCCUGAUCAAUUGGCUGGUGAAUGCUUUGAUGAAGCUCAAGCAUCCAAACACAGAAGAAAUCCCUGUCAUUAGAAUAUAUGGGCCAAAGAUAAAGUUUGAUCGGGGACCUGCAUUGGCAUUCAAUGUUUUUGAUUGGAAAGGAGAAAAGGUUGAGGCUCCUCUCAUACAGAAACUUGCUGAUCGAAGCAACAUAUCUCUCAGCUAUGGAUUCUUGCAUCAUAUCUCAUUCUCAGACAAGUACGAAGAAGAAAAGGCAAGAGUUCUUGAGAGAAGAACAUGUGAAGUAAAAGGAACAUUAAAAAACAAGGGUAAAGAAAAAGCCAACAUGGGAAUAACAGUAGUUACAGUUGCACUUGGGUUCCUGGCUAACUUUGAGGACACUUACAGGCUUUGGGCUUUCAUUGCUCAGUUCUUAGAUGCAGACUUUGUGGAGAAGGCAAAGUGGAGAUAUACAGCUCUGAAUCAGAAAACUGUUGAAGUUUAAAUGGAAAAUUAUUUGCUCACCAUUUUUUUUUUGGAUUGAGUUCAUUGUAUACAAAAACAAUCAUGAAAGGAAAAAAGAGUGGCAUCCUUUGCACUUGUAUGAAGAACAAUGCUAAAUAGAUGGAAAGUGUCAAUCCUACGCAUUAUACCAAGAAACAUGAAUAUACUUCCAGGUCAGCUGUUCACCUCAAACCCUUGUUUGUUUAAUUUUCCUGUAUUUGACUGAAACAUCCAUCAAGCAAAAAUUGAUAAAUAUCGUGUGUUUGUCUUUGUUCACAUUUUACCAACAAUUUA